AUGGCUUCAUCUUCUUCUUCUGCUACUUCUCAAGUAUCUAAGAAGUACGAUGUUUUCAUCAGUUUUAGAGGUGAGGAAACUCGAACCACAAUCACUGACAUUUUACACGGCCGUUUGCGCUGGGAAUACAAUAUUAAUGUUUUCAUGGAUGACCAACUUCACAAAGGAGAUGAAAUUUCUCCAUCUCUUAUGAAUACAAUUGAAGAUUCAAAAAUUUCGGUUAUAAUCUUCUCAGAAAGUUAUGCUUCAUCUCGAUGGUGUCUUGAAGAACUUGUGAAGAUCAUGGAAUACAAGAAAGCUUACAGACAGAUCGUAAUACGAGUCUUCUUUUGUGUAGAUCCAUCACAUGUAAGGAAUCAAACUGAUACUUUCGGGGAUGGAUUUGCUAGGCUUGUCGAAAUUUGUAAUAAAGAGAAGUUAGAGAAGCUACAAAUGACAGAAGAACAAUUUCAAGAAAAGGUGCAAGCGUGGAGGAAUGCCGUGACAAAAGCAGCCAAUCUGUGUGGCUAUACUGCAACUCCCACCACGUCUUUGUAUGGUAUUACAAAGAAAAUUGUUGGUGAUAUUUUGGAGAUGUUGAAUUACUUGUCUUCCGAAGUUGAUAACAAUAACUUGAUUGCAAUUGAGCCAAGCAUUGGCUACAUAAUUAAAUAUUUACUAGGUCUUGAUAAUUAUCAAUUGAUGGCCAGAUAUGAUAAUCAUAGGAUAGGUAUUUGGGGAAUGGGUGGUGUCGGCAAGACGACUAUAGCUGAAGCUGUAUACAACAAAAUUUGGCCUAUGUUUGAAGCUUCUUACUUUGCUUUAAAUGUUAGGGAGAAAUCCAGCAAUCAGAAUACAUUAACUCUCUUGCGACAAGAACUUCUUUCGACACUAAUAAAUGACUGGCAUUCAAAUAUGACUUUCACUUACCAUGCAAAAAGGAGGCUUGGCAGUCAAAAAGUUCUCAUAAUUUUUGAUGAUGUUACAUGUUUUAGUCAAAUAGAAUUUUUGAUUGGGGAUCUUAAUUGUUUGGGUCGAGGAAGUUAUAUUAUUAUUACAAAAAGAAAUAAACAAGUGCUUAGAAACUAUGGAGUGCAUGAACGUUAUAUAUACAAGAUUGAGGGAUUAUCUCAUUGUGGAGCUCUUCAACUUUUUAGUAGGCAUGCAUUUGGACAAAAUCAUCCCCAAAAGGGCUAUGGUGCGUUGUCAGAUAGGGUGGUUGAGUAUGCUAAAGGCAUUCCAUUAGCUCUUAAAGUUUUGGGCUGCUUUUUACUUGACAAAUCAAAAGAAGUUUGGGUAAGUGCAAUAAGUAAACUAGAAAUAAUUCCUCAUGAGGAUAUUCAGAAAGUGUUAAAAGUAAGUUAUGAUAGACUAGACGAUACAGAGAAGAACAUAUUUUUAGAUAUUGUAUGUUUCUUGAAAUGGGAAAACAAAGAUUUUGCAACAGAAUUCCUGGACGCUUGUGGCUUCUAUGCAAAACUUGGGAUAAGUGUUCUCAUUGACAUAUGUCUUGUAACCAUAUCAAAUGAUAACAAGAUAAUGAUACAUGAUUUACUUCAAGAAAUGGGUUGGGAAAUAGUCCGACAAGAAUCUACGAAAGAUCCCGAUGAACGUAGUCGUUUAUGGUAUCACGAAGAUAUCAAUAGUGUACUAGAAGAAAAUACUGGGACUAAAGCUAUUGAAGGCAUAUGUUUAGACAUGUCUAAACAAAAAGAGAUCAUAUACUUACAACCAGGUGCCUUAUCAUUGAUGCGCAAGCUGAGAUUCUUUAAACUACAUAACCCACAAUACGAAGAGAAUAAUAUUAAUAAAGUGCAUGUUUCCGAAGACCUUAAUUCUAUUUCCACUGAGUUACGAUACCUCUGUUGGCAAGGAUGUCCGUUGAAAUCAUUACAAUCAAAUUUUCGUCCAAGGAACCUUAUCGCACUUGACAUGCCUCAUAGCAAUAUUGAACAACUAUUACCUGGACACCAGCUCCAUAAGUUGAAACAUAUUGACCUCAGUUACUCCAAGAACCUAAGAAUUCAAGAUCUUUCGUUGGCUCCAAAUCUUGAGAGUUUGAUUCUAAAAGGUUGUACGAAUUUGUUUAAGAUUUCCUCAUCUAUUCACUUGGAGUCUCUUAAAAAAGCUAUCCUUUCUUGUUGCUCAAAGUUCAAGAUGUUUGAUCCAGAGAUCUCAUCUAACAUAGAAGAGUUAUUUUUAGAUGAAACUGCAAUAGAGGAGUUGCCUACAUCAAUAGAGAAUCUAUCGAAACUAGUUAGGUUGAAUCUUAAAAAUUGCACAAUGCUUGAGAAUCUCCCAAGUAAUAUCUAUAAAUUGAAAUCUCUUGAACAUCUUAUUCUGUCAGGGUGUUCAAAACUUGAUGGAUUGCCUGAUAACAUAGGAAAUUUAGAAGCUUUAAAGGUGCUUCAAGCAGAGAGAAUUGGAAAAAUGUUAGUGCCAUCAUCCAUUGUACAUUUGAGAUGUUUGAUGGAACUAAAUUUGACCAACUGUUGUAUCAAGGAAUUACCCAAUGAUCUUGGUCAAUUAUCCUCACUAGAAACUUUACUUCUUGGCAGAAACUUUUUCGAGAGCAUUCCAACAAGCAUAGUAAACCUUUCUAAGUUAUCUUAUCUUGACUUAAGCUUUUGUGAGUGUUGA